UCGUAUAUUUAAAUACCUUGUAUCAUUCAUUCAGAAUUACUUUAAGCUACACCCAUGAAUAAUAGAUGUAAGAAAUGCGAUGCCAAAGAUAAUUGGAUUAUAUUGACUUAAACAACACGAUAAGAUCCUUUGUCUUGCAUAUUAAUCAACAAAGCACAAUCUUAAACGUUGUCAAUGGUAAAGCAUAAGUUUGUCUUUUCCAGUAUGUUUUCAGAGUGGAAACUCUUAUGUAUAUUACUUGUUGUAACACACUAAAAAUAUGUCAGACACGAGCGCGAUAAAGAAUCUGGAUUCGCGGGUUUUUCCAUUUACCUGUCGCCGAUGUAACCACGUGUAUAAUGACGAAGAUCAUCAGCCACGUCUGUUACCAUGCCUACAUGACGUAUGCCUGUACUGUCUGUGCGAACUCGUCUUUGAUGAGGUUUUGAAUUGCCCGGAAUGUAAAUCAGCUCAUGAGACUCCAGAUAAUGACGUCACUAUAUAUCCAAAAGACCCCGUGAAGAUGAAAUACAUUGCAGAGCAUCCCCAAGCCCAGACAGAAGUCUACUGCGACUUCUGUGAUCAAGAACCAAAGGCAACACAUCGUUGCAUGGAUUGUCUCGAUAACCUCUGCCCCGAGUGCUUGCAAAUUCAUCAGAAGUACAAGAAAUACCGCGAUCAUGGCAUUGUUUCACUUGAAGAAUAUGCGAAUUUGCAACAACAUUAUGUUAUGGCCUCUUCAAAAUGUAAAGCUCCUGGGCAUUCAAAUGAGCAACUAAAAUUUUUUUGUAGCAAUAAAGGUUGCGAACAGUGUUUGUGCUCAUUAUGUGUGAUUUCCCACAUUGAAGACAGCCACAGAGUCAAAACAAUUGAAAGUGUGUUUGAGACUAGAUUAAAGAAUAUCAAAACCAUAGAGGCAGUUUUGCAGCAUCAAAGUGAUGGUGUGGAUGAGACGAUGUCGUUGAUAAAGGAAGAGAUAAGCAACGUGGAUCGACUGGGCGAGGAAGCUCUCGAGGAUGCCGACUUUAAUUUUAAUCUCCUGAUGAAACAGCUUGAAAGAAGAAAGUCUGAAGUGAAAAAUUUCAUCAAAUCAAAACAAAAGACUAAAAGAGCACUCCUAAUGGAACAAGAGAAGGAAUUCCAGAUGCUAAAAAACGUCAUAGAGGAUGGCAGGAGUUACCUUAAAAAUAUUCUGGAGAGUGGAAAUAAACCAGAAUUCAUUAACCUUGAACAAAUCAUUAGAGAACAAUUCUUGAAGCUUACAGAUGAAGAAAAUAGAUGUCUUCCUUGUAUUAGCUCCACUAUUCGUUUUUCUUCCCAGAACAAGCUUGAAGAACUGAAGGAAAGAAUCAAUAACUUUGGUAACAUAGUAUUUUCAAAUGCCUAUGCACCAUAUACCAAAAUCUUUAUUCCAUCUCUUGCACACGUUGAUGAAACCUUUGAAAUUAGAAUUGAGUUGUUUGAUCAACAUCAAGUAGGAAUUGAGGAAGAAGAAAUGGAUGUCCAGGUCUGUUUGGUAGAUCACACCGGAAAAAUAACACGGUCCUUGUCCCCGUGUGAGAGAGAGGAUGGGGGACUCCUGACGACACAGUUCCGUGUGGAUGUGACUGGUAUCUACAGUGUGGAUGUCUUUAUACUUGGGCGGCCGUUUUACACCCAUAGCCAGCAGCUGGAUAUUAUAGAUAGACCACUGUCACCUGAUGAUGACGUUGAAAACAUUGAUCUUAUGAAAUGUCCCAUUCCUGAUUUAGUCCUGUCACAAGACGACAUGAAGCCUUUAUCUUCCCCAAGGAAACCUAUCAGUUCACACACAUCCGGAGGAGUGCGCCAUCGAAUGACCUACACCUGUCCCCCUUUUCAUCUUGAUGAGUCUACUUUGCACAAGAACUGCUAUAUUUCUCGAAAUAAGCUGAUAAUUUCUAACACCUCUACACCGGUAUCACUGUAUCAGACGACCCUCGUCAACAAGGGCAGCGUGUACAAUGGAAUUGCAGGCUCUAUCUGGUUCUUUUCUCCUUGUGCAGCAUAUUUUGAAGUCGAAAUAAAUUAUGACAUUUGGGAAGAUCUUAGUUCCAGUGAUGUCAUAUGUGACGUCAUUAUUACGAAUAUGGAAAUGUCUGAUUUUACGUCACCAACUCGACACCACAAGUUUGGCUGGAGCUUCUCUGUUUUGUUUUGUGAGAAAUGUCACCAGGUCUGCGUUGAAUGCUGGGAUCACGGCCACCUCGUCAGCCAUUUACCUGUCGGCCUAGUAAACAAGAUGUCGUCCCAGAGAAAAGUAAUCGGGGUAUUCGUGGACGAUACAAAUGGCUGUAUAUCCAUCGUGGACACAACAGAGUCAGAUCUCAUCGUACGAUUUGAUGACGUCAUAUUUGAAAAACCUCUUUGGCCAGCUUUUUGUGUACACCCUUCAGAAAAAUUUACUGUUGAGUUAAAAAUAAGAACUGACUGUUUUUUUUUCACUAUGUUGUUGAAUUAUUUGAUCACAAUUUGUUUUUGUCUUACAUUUCAUGGGACUUUCGCAGCUACUGAAUUGUUCCACAAUGCUGAUUUUGAGAGCACUUCCUUUUCCGGUAAUUGGGUGGCCAUUGACUGUACCUUGAAUUCCCGUACUGAUGAUAAGUAUCAUGGAACUCGCAGUGUCAUGGUCUCUCAUAGACAUCAUACGUGGUCGGCAGUCCGGCAGACAUUUCAUGUCACUCCUGGGAAGAAUUAUGUGGUUAAGAUGUACUUCAAGCUCCUUAACCUUCCUGCUGGACAUGCUUACGCCGAAGUCAAACUGAACGUGGCUCUUACUGUUAACGGUAACCCUAAGUACUUCGGGCUAGCAAAAAUUCCCAUGCAGCAGUUAAAAUUUGGAUGGACGGAAAUAAGUGGCGAUUUCCAUGCCCAGAAUGGAGCCACAGAUGCUGGUAUAUACAUAGAGAUACCAGACAUAUCUGUCAAUUACCUGGUAGACUUCGCCAGUGCUCAGGAGCUACCCCAUAAUUCCCACUGGAUGACAGAUGCCCAAAACAGAAUCAAUAGUAUCCGGAAGGCCCCUGUCUCAUUUAAAUUGCCACAUGGAGUGAAUGCACAUGGGAUCUCCACUGAGUUGGUCCAAAAGAACCGAGAUUUCGCCUUUGGAACUGCUGUUGUUGCUGACUCCAUGACCGACCCAUCUCAAAAAGGAUACCAGGAUUUCGUGUAUAAUAACUUUGAAUGGGCAGUCCUUGAAAAUGCCUUGAAGUGGAGGCAAAUGGAGUGGACAGAAAAUCAUGUUAAUUUGGACAGGCCGUUGAAUGCUAUUUCUGCAUUGAAAUCCCAUGGAAUUAAAGUUCGAGGACACAACAUGUUUUGGGACGUGGAACAAUUUAUUCCUCAAUGGCUGAAAGGAAAAUCCCAAGCUGAACUUGUAUCUACUAUGAAAGGUCACGUGACCCAAGUGAUCUCAAGGACAAAGGGGAAGUUAGAACACUGGGAUGUCAACAACGAGAAUCUCCAUGGAGACUGGUUUGAACGUCACACACGUGACCCAGAUAUAACAGAGAAGAUGUUUCAGUGGAUCCACCAACAGGAGCCGCACGUGAAGCUGUUCCUUAACGACUACGAAGUCAUCAACCAGCCAUUCGAAACGACGGCACUACGAAAUCAAGCAUUACAUCUUAAGAAGGAGGGGAUACCGGUUUAUGGUCUUGGACUCCAAGGACAUUUCUUUUCACACAACAUUGACAUUGAUAUCCUCAAAUACAGACUGGAUAAGCUUGCUGAGUCCGGUCUGAAGCUGUGGAUCACCGAGCUGACCUUGACUGACACAGAUAACAACAGGAAGGCCAGAAACCUAGAAAAUCUCCUGACUUUGUUCUUCAGUCAUCCGGCGGUAGAGGGCGUCUUACUCUGGGGAUUCUGGGAUAGACACAUAUGGCACCAACAGGAUGCACUAUUUACCGGAGACAACAUCACACCGAACGCAGCAGGACAGAAAUACCUCGAUCUUUUCCAUAAAAUCUGGAAGACCUACUUCGUUCACAAUGUUAACCCUGGAAGUACUGUCAACACACAUGCAUUUUUGGGAGAUUAUCUGCUGAACAUAAAAAGAAAUGGACAUCUUAUCCACCAGGAAAAUUUCAGCCUCGACAAAUCAGGAAAAGAUAUAACUAUCCACCUAACAAAUGACCACCAUGGAGUUUCACAGAUUGUGUUUGGAUAAGGAGCACAAUGUCCCUGUUCAUAGACUGAUGUUCUGCAAAAUUAGUUGUUUUUGCCUGAAAGAUAUGAAUUACAGAAAUAACGAAUAUUUCAAUUUGCUUUACAAAAGAAAUGGAUCCCACUAUCAUUAAGAAAUAAAGUGCUUUAUUCGCUUAUUCUACGAUAUUACAGCAAUAUUUGACUGAUAAAAAAUAAAACUGAGACUGUUGUUUAUUUUUCUGCUUGGUCUGACAAAGUAUUUCAUAAAAGAA